UGAGGCGUCACUAUAGUGCGAGCGCCCCAAUUUGCAGCUCCAACAAUCACCGUCGUCGGACGCUCAAAACACCAAUCCUUCUCUAAUGCCCAGAUGCUCGGUCUCUCACGCUGCCCGACAUCAUGGAUCCUCCUCCCUCGUCGCCCCAUCCUCUGUCUUCUCCUUCACACUCGUCCUCGCCCUAUCCGGAACCUCGUCCACAUGCGACACUCUUCCGUCUCGGUCUCCAACCCCUCAUCGUGCAUUUCCACUCCCUGGGAAAUGGCUAUAUGGAUCCAAGGACACUUGACCAGUUCGAUACCAAGAUUCUGAAACGUAUUCUCAGCGACACGGCCAAGAAGGUCGCUGUGCGCGAGCAACUGGGCAGGGAUCGCGCUGUGUGGACCGACCUACGCGAGCUGUUCUUUGCCGGAUCACAGUGCCUAGGGAGCAUGUGCUGCACAAGUGCACCGGUUGCGCAUGGAAUUUCGCAAGGAGGAGCCGAGGAGGGAGAUGACGGAGGGGCAGAGAGACUGGAAGAUGUGGCCAGCAGUAUCUUGAUUGUGAAGAACUAUGGUGUUCUUGUCAAGGAUGUGGCAAGAAUCAUCACCCUCGUGGCCAUUGCUCGGAAUAUCCUUACGAUCGGUCCUUCUGCGCAAGACCUUGCCGCUGACGUCAAGGUCGAAGAAGCCAUAUUCGCCCUUUUAACUCUGUGUGUAAGAGUUACAGGGAGAGGCUUCGACAGCGGAGGCACGAAAGACGAGGAGAGAAAGUGGCAAGCCGUGGUAAAUGAUUUCAAGAGAUUGCUAGCCUCAUGUCUGCAGUUUCUAAACAAUUUAAUCGCGCAGAACGAAAGGAGGAAACUACUACUUUGGAUUCAGCUGUUUGACAGCCCUCCUGAGAGUGAUGGCACGGGGCCUGCCGUCGAUAGAAGACUGAUCGAGGGGCUUCGCGAUGAUCCAAUUGUCAAUGGAUAUUCCUUGGGGAUCCCCAGCAACGGUAUUGGAAAAGACGGCGUUCCCCACGUCAUUCGUCGUUUCAAAGAUGGACUUCUUGCGCACAUGAAUCGUCUAGAAGACCGACGAGUCGCUAGUGGACGACCUACACCUAUCCAGCCGGUGCUAGACAAAGAACAUCUUAGCUCAUCGCCAUUUUUGUUAUAUAUCGGCAAAGUUGGCAUGGAUAUCAAGAAGGAGCUUCAGGAUGCCGGAAAGCCUGCUGGAGCUACAGAGAUCGCAGCAGAAUGCAAGAGAAGGUGGCAAGCUAUGAGCAAGGAGGAGCAAAAGAGCUGGCACGACUAUUACGCAAAACUGUUGGACAGUUAUAGGGAAGAAGCAGAACCUGAUACUGGUAGCUCCACCGGCGGUCGCUCUACCGAAGAAGCAGGAAAGAAUCAAGCGCUGAGAGAUAGCGUGGUUAGUUUGGCGCAGAGCGUGGAGCAGAUCCAAAGUGACAUAAGGAAUCUGAGCAUUGCUGCUUCUCAACGCGCACAAGGACGAGAUUUGAGCCAGGAACAUAUCGUCGAAGAAACCAAUUCGGCUUCGCUUAUGAUCGGCGACAGCGUCCAGCUAAGCCUCCCACACUCAUCAAGUCCAGAUGCAGCACCUGCGACUGAGAGUGACUAUAGUGUCACUUACUCAGCACACUAUGGCGCGACGAUUUUGCAACAAGGCAAGGAAGACCUUCUUCGAAGACUUGAACCAGAUCACAUACGACUGUCACGUUCACAACGCGCGAGAACGCGAUCGCCUCCUCCAACCCUUUCCUCUCAAGCUGAUGUCGACGGUAACCACGGUUCGGACAGCCAAAAUGUCCCUGAACCACCAGACGCGCCUCUUACUCUUGCUUCAGAUGAUGAAAGAGACGGCCUAAGUGAGGAUGAAGAUAGUGAGUAUGACGACCCCGUGCCUGGCGAUGAUGGCCGAGGUCUACUUACAGACGUGCCUCUUAUUCUUGGGCCAACGGAGAUCGAGGUUCUCCCCAUGAUUAUCCAAUCCGGCAUCGUACCUCCUGGUCCCUCGCAGCCAGGAUACGGCUCUACACCUGAGGAAAAUGCUGCUCUCCGUUCUAUGCACACAUUGCGCUGCCAUCUUCUCCUGGCACAGGAUAACGGGCGCAAUCUCCUUCGCGAGCUGCUCAUUUUCGUGGCAGCCUGGGACCUGAGAGAAGAAGAACUAUACUUCCAGCUCAUGACCCAGAUUAUUGAGGCUGUGCUAAUAAAUGGGCUCCUGCCGUUCAGUUAUCAUGCGUUUAGAGAGAGCAAAGAUGUCAUAUCGCCUGCGCAGGCAGUCAUCAUGAAAUUACUUACUCAUAUUUUUCGGCGAAGGCAGGCUGAGACGGCUAAGAAGGGUUUGGCUAUUUUCCCGCGCAACACGUCAUCUCCGGAGCAGAAAGAUGGGGAGAAUGCAUCUCCAUCACCGGCGUCGGAAUCAGCUGCAGAAAAGAGAGAGCAAAGCUACCCGCAUCGGGUGGAUGUCCACAUGGUGUCUUUUCUCUUAACCGAAUUUCGACGGCAUAUCAUUCCACAGACAUGUGCUCUCAUCUUUUUGCAGGGCCAGAUUCGGGCUGGCUUAGUAUCUCCAGAGGAAUUUCCACUCAAUUUGUGGGACAUGGAGCGAAUGUACGAGGGUAUAUACCAGUAUCUGGAAUUUUUCGCCAUACUGACGGAACACGAACGAUGGAAGGAAAUGAUGGCUGAUUGGGAAAUCACGUCCGAGCUUAUAACUCUUCUAGAAGAGCUUGAAGCCGCAAUUCCAAGGGCGACGGCGAGGAACAUGGAGAGCAGGAGAGGACGAGCAAAUAUGGAGCAAGCUCCUUUGGCUGCGACGGAUGGACAGCCUCGAGUUGCUGUAGAGCGUCCAUACGAUCCUCAUAGUGAGAUUCAACCACAGGAAUUUCCUACGUCCGAGCAACACAUCCAAGGAACGAACGGCCCGCCGCCCCCACCACCACCACCCCUUGAAGAUGAACCUUCAGAUUUCGAAUGGCGCAAUCUGAAGAAAUUGGCAGUGCUCGUACUGUCGUCCCUAGUGUGGAAGUCUCGCAAGGUGCAAGAGCAGCUUGGCGCUGCAGGGCCUCUUGCUGGCAGUAGCAGCGUCAGUAGCCAGAGCCAUAGGCUGAAGGGAAGAGGAAUUCGAGCUUUACUCAAUUGCUGCAAAGUCGAUGACUACAAUCCUUAUAUACGAGAACAUGCUAUAAUGGCAUUGCGAUUCGCUCUUGAGGGCAAUGAAGAAAACCAGGACAUCGUGAGAGGGUUGGAGAGGAUGGCUGAUGACGAAGGUUCUUCAACGCUAAGUUCUGGAGGUACAGCCACGUUGUCACAGCGGCCUCGGAAACAAGACAUCUCACCUCCUGGUCAAAGCGGUCCUUCUGGUUCUUCGACGAGCACUAGCUCUAUCCCUGGAAACGCCCCUGACCGAACAACUAUUACGACGGCAAGCGGCAUGAAAGUCGAAGUGCCAAAAGAAGUGCUGGACCUGAAUGGCUAUGAGACAUUUGUGGAUUCAAGAGGGCAGGUGCAGCUGAAAAAGAGAGAUCACAGCCAGAGAAGGGGCAAGGCGACUGCAUCGGCCAAUGCAGAAUUUGGAGAAGACGACUUUAUGUAGAAGAUAAAAUAGCCACCUGAUGGAAAGGGCGUAUAACAACAGUCCAGUGGCACGCUCCAAGCUCAUAUAAUAGUUGUUCUCAACACUUUCUGCC